GGGGUUAAGGGGUAACUGAUACGUACCGGAGGUACCUUACUUCUAUAGACAGUGAACAUGGGCUAAGGGAAGGUCCCGACAGCGGGAGCCGGGAUGACGUGAUUAAGAGCCGGCUAGCUGGGAACCCGAACCGUUGCAAUUGCCACCCUCCAAAAUAAUUUCUAGGACUGCAGGGUCCUUCGAAUUGGAGCUUUCGAUCAUUAUUAAUCUUUUAACCUUUUAACCUACCUUAUUUCCAACUCUUCGCCGCUGAUUCUCACAUGCAUCUUAUCCUUUAGCGACAAAAGGGGAUAAUAUAAUAUAAGGGUAGUAACAUACCUAAAUUCAAUACAAUGUUCCGGCAUGGCGUGCGAACGAUAACGACCACGGCGCGUAGAGCCGCGGCCGUCGCACCGGCUGCCGCGAAGCCUCCGAGUCCUCACACAAUCGCCGUCUCGAAGGCACAAGGUAUCGCAAAGGGAUUAACUGGUGCAAUCGGUAACACGCCGCUCAUCCGCAUGAACAAACUCUCGGACCAGACGGGCUGCGAAGUCCUCGGCAAAGCCGAAUUCAUGAACCCCGGGGGCUCGGUCAAGGACCGCGCGGCGCUGUACGUGGUCCUGGACGCGGAGGAGCGCGGGCUGCUGAAGCCGGGGGGCACGGUGGUCGAGGGCACGGCGGGCAACACGGGCAUCGGCCUGGCGCACGUGUGCCGCUCCCGCGGCUACAAGCUCGUCAUCUACAUGCCCAACACCCAGUCCCAGGGCAAGAUCGACCUGCUCCGCCUCCUCGGCGCAGAGGUCUACCCCGUCCCCGCCGUCGCCUUCGACAACCCCGCCAACUACAACCACCAGGCCCGCCGCCACGCCGAGAGCUUAGAUAACGCCGUCUGGACCAACCAGUUCGACAACACGGCCAACCGCCGCGCGCACAUCGAGACUACGGGCCCCGAGAUCUGGGCGCAGACGCACGGCAAGGUCGACGCGUUCACCUGCGCCACGGGCACGGGCGGCACCCUCGCCGGCAUCACGCGCUACCUGAAGGACGUCUCGGGCGGCCGCGUGAAGGCGUACCUAGCAGACCCGCCGGGCAGCGUGCUGCACUCGUACAUCCAGUCGGGCGGCAAGCUCGUCGAGCGCACGGGCAGCAGCAUCACGGAGGGCAUCGGGCAAGGGCGGGUGACGGACAACCUGGCGCCGGACGUGGCGCUGCUAGACGGCAGCGUGCACAUCUCGGACGAGAAGAGCGUCGCGAUGGUGUACAGCGCGCUGGACGACGAGGGCCUGUACCUGGGCGCCAGCAGCGCGCUGAACGUGGUCGCCGCCAAGGAGGUCGCCGAGCUGCUGGGCCCGGGACACACCGUCGUCACGAUGCUGUGCGACGGCGCGUACCGGUAUGCCGACCGCUUGUUUUCGCGGAAGUGGCUUGAGAGCAAGGGGCUGCUGGGCGCGAUACCGAAGGGUUUGGAGAAGUAUAUCGUGCUGCCGUAGGUUUAACUAGGUACCUACCUAAGGUGCCUGCCUUGGUAAUCUAGAUAGAUGUACCUACGCGGCUAGAAAGGGGUUGGAGGGGAGGAAAAGAGUACCUAGAGGAAGGAAGGAAAAAGAAAAAAGACUACGUAUAGGGGAAGAGGCGUUUAAAGGUGAAUGUAUACAUGCAUAUAACUAAGCGAGAUGUUUGGUCGAAGAG